ACAUUCAUACCUAUCUACGGUAAUGGCAUAACCCAAGUUUGGAACAAUAAACAUAGCAACGGGAAGACAGCUGAUACAAAAGCGUGAGAUCGCCAUAACACUACUGCAUUAUUUACUAGGACAUCGUGUAAUCUACUUCUCGGAGAUUAUUCCUUGCCAUCCAGAAGAAGAUUUGUGAGUAGAGCCACCACACCCAACUUCCAAGAUGUACAAGUUGGAUCUUCCUGUAGACUUGAAACAGGCUGCGGCCAUAGAGCGGCGGCGGAACAUGGAAAAACAACGCCAGAGCCGCAUCUUCAAUGCCAAAGAGAGGAUAAUUGGGGUUGAUGUACAGGCUCUGGAACAGCAGAGGAAAGACAGAGAGGUCAGAGAGGAGACAGAAGCAGCUCGGGCAGAGGCCUUUGCUGCUGAUGCCAUUAAAAAUGACAAGGUUGUAGUAAUGAUGGAAAAACGGCAAGAGCAGGACAUUCGCAAUCUCAACAUGGCCGUCAACGACUUCCGUAAGAACUUCCAGGUUCCUGAGACACGGCGUGAGUUUGACCUGAAUGACCCUGAUGGCCUGAAGAAGGACAGGCCAGCACGAUUGACAGAUGACGACCCUCGCUGUGGUAUCAGUGGUAUCCAGAAACUGGAUGGAGAGGAUCUGAACUUCACAGCCAGGAAAAAGUACCAACAGGAACAAAUGCGCGAGUGGACGAAGGCCCAGAUCAAGGAGCGCAAUGCUGCGGACAUGAACCAGAAGCACGCGGAUCUGUUGUACGAGAUGAAGGCACGUGAGCUGGAUCAGCGGGCAUGUGAACUGGCCACAGCUGAGGAGGAAUGCAGACGUCAGAUCAACAUGGCGACCAAGAACUUCAACCUGGCACAGCAACGUGAGAAGGAUGAGCAGGAGGCUAUGAAGAGGCAGCAGCAACUAGAUGACAACUACACUGAGCUGUCCAAUCACAUCUAUGGAGACAUGCUUACGGAGAACCCUGCCGUGGCACAGAGCGCGUUUGGCGCCCACCGUGUCAUCACCGACAGGUGGAAGGGGAUGAGCCCUGAGCAGCUUGCUGACGUCCGCAACAGACAGGAACAGCAGAGGCAAGAGAAGGAGCGCCUGGAAAUGGAGGAACGUCUGAGAAACGAGGAGUGGGACAAACAGCGUGUGGAUGCCGACCGAGCAGCCGUCAUCCUGGAGAGAAGAGAGGAGCGUCUGAAGAAGGAACUCGAGAGGCAGCAAGCCCAGGAGAAUCUACGACUUGGUGCAGAGCAGAAGGCACACAUGGGUUUCAUGGAUAAGGAGGUUUACACCAAUGAACCAACAGCUCAGUACUUCAUGCAGUUCAACAAAUCCAGUCGGUGACCUAGCAGACCUCUACCCCUUGACCUUCCAACCACAAUGUGCCUGAUGACAGAGAUGAUGUUCAGUUGUGACCACUUGGUUCUACACAGAAUAGCAGUUCAACUAUUCUACAUAAUGUUUGUGACUAAAGGAUCCAUAUUGAAAGUUUUGUUUGUUCACUUGUUACAUAAAAUGAACCAAGUGGUCAUACAGAUUAUCCGCUUGUUAACAGUCUGUAUAUCUUUGGUCUUGUUAAUUCUGCUACUAUUGUAGUUGUUGAUAACAAAGUGAUACAUAUUAUUAGGUUUCUUUGACUGAAUCAGUGCCAGGCUGUGCUUAUUGUCACAAAGUGGGUAUUUCUAAAAUGCAUCACAGGUAGAGCUUUAGAAUGUACAGAUUUCGAGUCCAAACGACAUGAACAGUGUAUCUAACUUGUAUGUCAAAUGUUAUACACUGUUAGAGAGCCUUAAAUGCAUCAGUGUUGGAAGCAGUAUUGCUACAUAGAGAUUUGUAAAUUUGUAAUAUUUUGCAUCUGUUGGUAUGGUAAAAAAAGUGGGGACACUAACUUUUAAGGCAUUUAUUAGUUUUCAGCCCUUCCAUUGUGUACAUAUUGUGAAGCACAACCAAUAUUGUUGUGCUGUAACACUGAAUAAAGGUGGUGACAAUACUAAAGAGAUUA